AUGGCAAACAUGACAGGUAAGGAGAAAGUAUCUUCCACUUUGAGUGGUUUCUUUGGCGGCGAGGAGGAUUUCUUUUGCGGAUUGUUGGAGGAAAAUGGAAAUGACAUAUCGAAUACCUCACCGAGCAGUGUUAAACCUCAGCCAGCACUCUCGCAAGUCGUUCGCAGAUACGGACACCUGAACGAGGGCACGCAGUCCAUUCCAACCGCGGACAAGUCUGCGUUCAAGCGUCGCUACAUCGCCCGACGCUCUCUCGCAGACCUCGCCGGUCUCCCAGAAGGCUUCGAGUUCCAGCACCGCCUCGAUGAGCAACACCCCCGAGCCGUCAUCCUCCUCACACCGCCAAAUAUGGUUGCUGUUUGCAACGGCAAUGGCCUGUGGGAGCGCCGCCUCCGCCAGAUGCAAGAUGGCCCGCCGCCGUACACCCCAGAGUGGUACCGGGCAUACCUUCGCGACAGCAACUUACCAGCGUGGUUCCUGACGACUGGUCACAUCGACAUGCUCACCAACGACAUCGAAGCUCAGCUUCUUGGCGUUGCUGAUACUGAGUUGCCCCCAGCUCGCCAGGUCCCUGCUAGCUAUCUGGCGGUGCGAUACCCGACAUUCCCUCAAUUCCCUAAGCUCGUGGGCGUUGGCCAUUUCCAACCGUACCAGUACCCUCUCACUGAUCACGAGCGACUGUGUGUGGCUCGACAGUUCCCAGCGACCAACUUGCUUGGUGCCGACACUCGCAUCCUGAUCUUGCCAGGAGCCUACAUCCAAAUCCAUUACGACCCAUCAAGCACAGGUUGCCCAGUCCUCAACAGCAACAACCUUCGCUGGUCUCGUGCUGCUGCAUCUCGUGCUUCCUACAUCAACAAGAAGGCUGACACGGUCUCGCUCUCCGACAUCCUCAGUCCAAGCGUGGACAAUCGGAGCGGUCUCGCCGCAAUGAAGAGCAACAACGGAGGAUUUGUCAACCCAUCGGAGCGUCUGUCAGGCCUUGGCGCUUGGGAGUGGCUCGAUGCCGAUGUUGACAUACCAGCGGCUCAAGUUCUCGGAUUUCAGCAGCCCUCAGACGUCGCUGUCGCCGUUCAGCGUGGCCACUUGCGCACCGGCCGUGCAGAAUAUGACGCACCAUCUGUUGUCUGGCAGCCAGACAUGCGGUACUUCAACCCAGACGUCGAGCCAGCUGAGCCAGGCAUCUGGGAGUUCUUGAGCGAUGCAGCUCGCGAGAAGGCUCGGGACGAUCUUGGUGGUCAAGAUGCAUUCGGACUCGCUGACUCGCCUGAUCCCAAUGCAUACGAGAUCUGGCAGAUUCGUCAGUAUUUCAAGCUCUUCUCAGCAGAUAGCGGCAGCCAGCACGAUCCCACCGCAGAGAUCGACCUGGUCUGGAUCCUCGCGGGCCCCGGCGAGGCAGCUGAAGUGCAGGUCGCUGGCCCCGUUGUAGCCGGCGCUCAGGAGGAGCCAACGGCGCCCACCCCCCAGAUUCAGCCAGUCAUCCCUGGCGAAGUAGAUGCCAGCCAUGGCUUCGACAACACUACUGGCCUCGCGCACGAGCCGUUGAAUCAUGGGGAGAACAACCAGACUGCCAGCGACGGGAGGGGAUCGUACUCGACCCGCCUGAUCAACGGCAAGAAGAUCACCCUCGACCGGGCUCGGGCCCAUCCCAUCCUGGGCGCCUCCACGCCGCAGCUCCAUCGUCUGUGGACGUAUACCAACUGCGGCAAGUGGCAGCGCUAUCCCGAGACGGGAGGCAAGAUCGACUGGGCGGACAAGGUGAGCGUGGAGAAGCUCAACAAGUGGCGCCAGCAGUCCGAGAAGCGCAACCAGUGGGCUCCCAAGCGGGUCCUGCCCCGCGAGCAGUACACGCAGGAGCAGCGCGCCUGGGUCUUCGGCUUUGUGGAGGAGAAUGGCGGUGGGAGGCCGCGUCAGGGCGGCGCUGAACUGUGUAGGCAGUUCAACGAGAAGUUUGGCGCUCAGCGCCAGCAGAAGGCGAUCGAGGGGUUUGUGGAUCGCAUGAUGAAGGAGUACAAGGCGAAUGGGGGGAAGAUGAAGACGAAGGCGGAGAGAGCGCCGAAGAAGCGCAAGACGAAGGCGGAGCAGGCGAAGGCGGAGCACGAGGAGGAGGAUGAGGACGCUCCACAUGAGAGCGAGUCUGAUGUGGAGAUUGUUUCUUUUUAG